ACCGCAUAUCUCAGUUAUAUUUAAUAAUUCGUGGCAAUAACAACUGUUUAAAAAUGAGAAUAUUUAUAAUUCUGUCAUUGGUGGCGUUGGCUGUUGCUGACAUAAAGUACUACACUACAGCUGAUGAUAAUAUAGAUGUGGAUGCGCUGAUGAAGAACUCGGAGCUGGUCAAAUGGCAUAUGGACUGUUUCGUCGAUCGCAGGCCGUGCGAACCCUUCAGUCAAUCUUAUAAGGAUAACAUGGUCGAAGCCAUCUCUACUGCCUGCCUGAGAUGUACCCUAGCCCAGAAGAAUAGAUGGAACAAGUUCUUAGCAGGACUCAAGCGUGAUUAUCCAUCGGAAUAUGUGGCUUUCCAGAAGAAAUAUGAUCCUAAUAAUAUUUAUAUGGACGAAUUCGAAAAUGCAGUAGCAAAUUUCUAGAACUGGCACUAUACGAGACAUACAGGAGAUUAUUAUAGACUGUAAUGGGAACUUGGAGCAUUCUCUAUAGCCAGUUUUUUAUAAAAAAAACAUUUUUAAACAGGAGUCCAUUGUUAGCGGGGAGACAGCAGCGCUCAAAAAAUAUUAGUUUACACGCUGUUUUUGCUUUUAAAAUAACAUUCUUACCUCUAAUUUUAAACCACUUAUUAACAGUAUUUAUGGCGAAUUUAUGUUAAUAAUACUUAUGUAUGUUGUAUUCGUAACUUUGUUUAUUUUUUGGAAGUUUUAACCAUUUUGAAUUAUUAGAGAUUAAUUCAUUUAUCACCACA